AUGAGCUCUAGCACCUUCAAGCAGGCAGCUGAGGCAGCUAGAACCCGCGGGUCCGAAGUCAUGAAGUCCGACUCCGUCGCCGUCGCCAACGACUUCCUCCACACCCCGUUGAUGCGGGCGGCUUUGCCCUUCAUCAACGGCGGUAUCAGUGGCAUGGUCGCCACCACCGUCAUCCAGCCCGUCGACAUGAUCAAGGUCCGCAUCCAGCUUGCCGGCGAGGGUGUCGCCGGCGGCCCGAAGCCCACUCCCUUGUCCGUCACAAGAGAAAUUCUCGCUAGCGGCAAGGCACUCGACCUCUAUACCGGCUUGUCCGCUGGUCUCCUCCGCCAGGCUGUCUACACCACGGCCCGCUUGGGCUUCUUCGACACCUUCAUGGGCAAGCUCGGCACCCGCGCCAAGGAGCAGGGCAAGUCCAUAGGCUUCAAGGAACGUGCCACCGCCGGCCUCGCUGCCGGAGGUCUGGCCGCCGUGCUCGGCAACCCGGCCGACUUGGCUCUGAUCCGCAUGCAGAGCGAUGGCCUCAAGCCCCUGGCUGAGCGCAAGAACUACAAGAGCGUCAUUGACGCCCUCACCAGCAUCGCAAAGUCGGAGGGUGUUACCGCCCUCUGGGCCGGCGCCGCCCCCACGGUCGUCCGUGCCAUGGCUCUCAACUUCGGUCAGCUCGCCUUCUUCAGCGAGGCCAAGUCCCAGCUCAAGCAAAACACCCAAAUGUCUGCCCAGGCCCAGACCCUGACUGCCUCUGCCAUUGCUGGCUUCUUCGCCUCGUUCUUCUCUCUGCCAUUCGACUUCGUCAAGACUCGCCUUCAGAAGCAGUCCAAGGGCCCCGACGGCAAGCUCCCGUACAAGUCCAUGGCGGACUGCUUCACCAAGGUUGCUAAGCAGGAGGGCGUCAUGCGCUUCUACCGCGGUUUCGGCACAUACUAUGUCCGCAUUGCUCCCCAUGCCAUGGUAACGCUCAUCGUCGCCGACUACCUUGGCUUCAUCACCAAAUAA